GCAGCAACCACUGGUUUUAUUAUGGGACAGCUCAUGAGAUUCGUAUCCAUCUAUUAUGCGCCCUUUUAUCUAGCUUUGGGUAGACCUCAUACAAUAACUGUCCUUGCUUUACCUUAUCUUUUGAUUCAGCUUUCUUGAACACUGAAAAAAAAAUUUUUGCUUAUGGAUCUAAUAACCAAAAUUCGAUCCGUGAGCUAGAGAAUAUCUUUGUAUUCCUCAAUCAUCUUAUUUUUCAGUUGCUUAACACUUGCAUUUUACCAAGUUCAACGUUAGCCCGAUUAGUAAGCAUUUAUCUGUUUCGCUGUAAUAAUAAGAUGUUGUUUGUAACAAGCAGUUUGUUUGCUUGGGGAAUGGGACAAAUUUUAGUCAUAAAUUGCUUGGAAUUUUUAGCAGUCUGGAUACAGAAAAAUAAUGUUAUUAGGUCGAUCAUUCGAAAGUACCUAGUGAGAAAUUCUAUAUUUUUUAUUUUAGUAAAUUAUAGUUUUGGAACUCUAGUAUGUAUUCUAAGUAUUCAGUCUUUAGGCAGAACACCCUUACCUAUUCCUACUCAGAAAUUUAGUGAGGUCUCAAAAAUAGAACAAAGGGAAAAGGAAAGGUUGCAAAGGGAGGAAGAAAAAGACGUAGAAAAAAAAAAAGAAAUCCGCUGAAAAAGAUCCUUCCCUUUUUUCCGAAGAAAAAGGUAUUUUGGAAAAAGAAUUGGACUUGAAGGUAAAUGAACCAGACUUGGAAGGGUCUGAUUCCGAAUUGGAAAUCCUUGAAAAAAAUGAAAAUAAAGAACAUAUUGUGGCUCUUCUUUUUGAUUAUAAAAGAUGGACUCGCCCAUUUCGUUACAUAAAAAAUAAUAGACUUGAACAAGCUGUAAGAAACGAAAUGGCACAAUAUUUCUUUGACAUACAUAAAAGUGAUGGAAAAGAUAGAAUAUCUUUUACCCAUCCGAUAAGUUUAUCAACGUUUUUUCAAAUAAUCAAAACAAAGAUACCCCUUUUGUCACUAGAAAAAGAUAUUUCUAAUACAUUGGACAAUUUUUGGGUUUCUAGAAACAAACAAAAAUUAAAUUCUAUAAAAAUUGAUUUGCUAAAUCGAAUUAAAAAUCUUGACAAACCAGUAGCAGUUCCAAUAAUCGAAAUUGAAACAAACAAAACGCGAUUAUGUAUACACAAUGAUGAGACUAGAAAAGAAUACUUACCAGAAAAGUAUGAUCCCUUGUUAAAUGGGCCUUCCCGCGGAAGAAUAAAAAAAGAUAUCACGUCGAUAAACGAUACUUCGAUCAAAAAGUUGAGAGAGAAGGUUAUGCUAAAUAGACUUUCAUGCUUUAUUGUUGAUGUCUACUUUGAAAAAAAGGAAAAAAAAACCAUUACAAGUUGGUGAGUUCUCAACUUUAUCAUCAAGUUUCAAUUUAACGGAUUCAGAACAACUAACAAAAUUUUUAGUAAAUGCAAUUGAGACAGACGAUAAAAAAUCUUCUGCAAUAGAAAAAAUAGGUAAAGAAGAAAUUGGUUAAAAAAGUCCCCCGAUGGUCAUACAAAUUAAUAACUGAAUUGGAACAAAUAUCGUAUUUUACAAAUCCACCAGAUGAUCAUGAUAUUCGUUCAAGAAAAGGGAUCAGUGUAUUAAUUUUUGAAGAACCUAAGACUCUCAAAGAUAAGACUACAAACAAAGAUAAGAAUACAAAAGAUACAAAUAUUCAAGCUAUAAAAUCCGACGAUAAUGAGAAAGAUAAAAAUAUUAAAAAGAAAAAGGAAGAUGAGGAUAAUAAGCUUUUUUUAUUACGAUAUCCGCACCAAUCUGAUUUUCGCCAAGGCUUAAUAAAAGACUCUAUGCGAACUCAAAGACGUAAAAUAGUUAUUGAGGGACUUUUUAAAGCAAAUGCGCAUUCCCCUCUUUUUUUUUGACAGGAUGAGGAAAAAAACCUUUUUUUCUCUACCAUACCUGGCUCAACUGAAACGGCUUUUUAGAAAAUGGUCAUCCAUAAAAGAGUUUGGGAUUUUAGAAUCUACAGAGGAAAAAAAAAUAAUAAUAAAAAGAGAAACCAAAAAGGAAAAAAAAACGACGAGAGGAAAUAGAACGGUUAGAGAUAGGGGAAGCCUGGGAGACUUUUCCAUAUACCCAAAUAAUAAGAGGUUUUUUAUUAAUAACCCAAUCAAUUCUCAGAAAAAAGAUUCUAUUACCUUCAUUCAUAAUCGGUAAAAAUAUCGGGCGUAUGCUACUAUUUCAAACUCCUGAAUGGUCUGAAGAUUUAAAGGGAUGGAAUAGAGAAACGCAUGUGAAGUGUACUUAUAAUGGUAUUCCGUUAGCUGACAAAAAAUUUCCGGAAAAUUGGUUGACAGAAGGUAUUCAAAUCAAAAUUUUAUUUCCUUUCUGUCUCAAACCUUGGCACGAAUAUAAAUCGCUAAAUUCUCGUGAUGACUUUUGUUUUUUAACAGUUUGGGGAAGGGAAACAGAACACCCUUUUGGUCAUCCACGACAAAAACCUUCGUUUUUUAAGCCUGUUUUUAAGGAACUUUACAAAUUUGUAAAAGUAAAAAUUAAAUUUUUAAAAAAGUUUUCAAAAAAAAACACAAGUUCAAAAGAAACAAGAACAAUACACCCGAGUGUAAUAAAAAAUGAAAAAGAUGAUCUAAUAAAUAACCAGAUAAUGAAUCAACCCUUGAGUAAAAUUGAAAAAAUUACAGAUUGGAAAAAUUAUUCACCGAUAGACAAAAUGCAGGCUAUCACUCAUAGGACAAGUACAAUUAAAAAAAAACUAGAAAGAAUUACGGAAGAUAAGAAAAGGGUCACUCUAGAACUUGAUAUGAACCCUUACAAAAAAAGUUCGAGAUUAGCCUUGUCAAAAAAUUUUUGUCAAAUGUUGAAAAAAAAAAAAAAUAGAUUAAUAUAUAAAUUUAAUUAUUUUAUAAAAUUAUUUAUUCAAAGAAUAUCUAAUUGUAUUUUUUUAUAUACUAUAUCUAUUUGCCAAAUGACUCAAAAAGUCUUUGUGGAAUCAACAAAAAUGAACUCUCUUUCAAAUUCAAAUAUAAAAACGCAUAAUAAUAAGCUUUAUAAGGAAAAUUCAGAGAGUUUUGGUGAUUUAUCCAACUUGUCACAAGCAUAUGUAUUGUACAAAAUAUCAGAAAGGGGUUUUUUGAACGUACGUAAUUUCAUAUCUGUUCUUCAACAAAAUGGAACAUCUUUCUUGAUUAAAAAGAAAAUAAAAGACUCAUUUCAUACACAAGGAAUACUUCCAUCUGAAGGAAUAAAAAAAACAACUUAAGCGGCCUAGAACGAGUCAAUGGAAAUUUUGGUUAAAAGGGAAUUCUCACUACGAUUUAUCUCCUAAUUUCUGGUCUGCCUUAAGAUCACAAAAACAAAAAUGGAGAAAUAGGGCGAAUCGCUAUCGUAGGUCUAAACAAAAAUAUUUAGACAAAAGGACUUCCGGUAAAAAAUUAAAAUUAAAUACUUACAGGAAACAAAAGGAUGCUAACUCAGUCUUGAAUAAAAAAACAAAAGAUAAUUUAAAAAAAUGCUAUCGAUAUGAUCUUUUAGCAUAUCAAUACAUUCAGUAUGAAAAAAAUAGUGGAACCCCUCCAGGAGCUAAACGGGAAGCAAUUUCUUAUCAUUACAAGAUGUCACAAAACAACUUGUUUGCGAUAACGAAAAAUAUUCCUAUCACUAGUUUCAGAGGAAAAAUAGAAAGGUUAAAUAUUCCAUAUCCAAAAAAAGAUGUCGAUAGAAAAUAUUUGAAUUGGAAAAAUAUUGAUUUUUCUCUUAAAAAAAAAGCGAAUAUUGAGUCCUGGAUCACGGGUAAUUAUAACAAUACUCAAAAUACUCCAAUUUUCACUUACAAUUAUCAAUUAAUUGAUAAAAUGGAAGAAAUUUUGAAAAUUGAGCAAAUUUUUAAAAACGAAAAAGAUCCUUUUGCUCUUUUGAUUCAGAAAAAUACCGAAAUGAAUCGACUCCAUUCUAGAAAUUCUUUAUUGGAUUGGAUGGGACUGAAUGAAGAAAUACUCGACCGUCCAUUAACGGCUGAGGAACUUUUGGUUUUUCCCAGAAUUUGUGUGGUUUGUUAAUUUAUAUAAACUGAAACCAUGGAUUAUACCAAGCGAAUCACUUAUUUCAAAUUUGAAUCUUAAUGAAAUGACAAGUCAAAAGACCGGUAAAACUCAGAAAGAUAAAAAAGAUAAAACUGAGAGUAAAAAAAAAGAUAAAGCCGAGGGUCAAACCAAAAGUGAACCUGAGGGUCAAACCAAAGGUGAAACUCAGGGUGAAACCAAAGGUAAACCUGAAGGUGAAACCAAAGGUAAACCUGAAGGUGAAACCAAAGGUAAACCUGAAGGUGAAACCAAAGGCGAAACUGAAGGUGAAACUGAAGGUGAAAAGAAAAGUCAAACUGAGAUAGAACUAGAGUUAUUCAUGAAAAACUAUUUAUUUUUUCAAUUUAGAGAGGAUUUUACUUUAAAUCAAGGCCUUUUCCAAGAUCUCCAAAUCUAUUGUCUCUUGCUUAGAAUGAUAAAUCGAAAAAAAAAUGAUGCUAUCAUGGAUUCUAAGGGAAAAGUUAAAUUUGGGUCUAAUGCCACAGAUGGAUCAGAAAGAGAGUGUUCCAGAUUCAAAAAGAAAUGUUCCAGAUUCAAAAGAGAGUGUUCCAGAUUCAAAAGAGAGUGUUCCAGAAUUUUUAAAAAAGACGGGAUUUUUGGUCGACCCCCUUCCGCUGUCUAUCAAACCAAAUGGAGAAUUUCUUAUGUAUGAAACGAUAGUUAUUUCGUUGGUUCAUAAGAGUAAACAAAUUCUUAAUAAAGAAGACGUAAAACAAAGAAUAAUUCGCGCUCGAGAGAACAAUAAUUGUGAUCCGCUUCUUAUUGAAAAUAUUUUAUCAUCUAGGCGUCGUAGAGAAUUAAGAACUCUAAUUUGUUUCAAUUCACACAAAUGGAAUGGCGUGGAUGCAAAUUCUCUAGUUUCCAACAAAAAUAAAGUUUGGGAAGAAAGCAACCCUGGGCCUAAGGAUCAAAAUAAAUUAAUUGAAUUUUUUCUUUGGCCUAAUUAUCGAUUGGAAGAUUUAGCUUGUAUGAAUCGUUAUUGGUUUUAUACUAAUAAUGGGGAGUCGUUUCAGUAUGUUAAGGAUCCAUAUGUAUUUACCAUUGAAUUUAAAUUGGUGGAAAUUUAAUUGAUAGUAGUACUAUCUACCCUGUAGCAGGGUAGAUGGUAGCAGGUUAGAUGAAAACCAAUAUGGACACAUACCCUAUUUUAUACCUCAUUUUAAUUUGGAUCUAACUGAAUUGAGGAUACCAUAUAUCUAUCUAGAUCUAUAUAGAUAUAUUGUACCUCAUUAAAAGAAUAUUAAGUUGAAAAAAUUCACUUUGAUUUUAUUAAUGAACCCUAAAAGAAAGGGUUUUCUUUUGAUUUGAAUUGAUAGACUUAGUUAGAAGAAUUCCUUUUUAGCAAUAAAUGUCUUUCACAUCCAGUGAUAACCUGUAAAUCAUUUGAAAUGGCAGUUCCAAAAAAACGUAUUUCGAAAGCCAAAAAGCGUAUUCGUAAGAACAUUUGGAAAAGAAAGACUAUUGAGGUAAGAUUAAAAGCUCUUUCAUUAGCAAAAUCUCUUUUAACGGGUAAGUUUCAAGUUUUUUUUACAAAAAAAAUAAGAAAACAUUGGACUCAUUUCUGUCAAGUUGAUUUAUUCUAUAAUAUAGAAUAAAAGUAAAUAAUAUUAUCCUUUUUUUCUUUAUUUUUUGUUCGUUCGUUUUAGUUACUAAUCAAUUAUUUCAUAUCUAUGAAAUGAAUCUAGAACUUAAUUAUAAAAAAUUAUUUUAAAUGCAUAUUAUAUAUCAAUGAAGGGAGUUCAUUUAGUUUAUGAUAAAAAACUUACAAAACAGAGGUUCCGUUGAAUUUCAAGUAUGGAAUUUCACCAAUAGAAUUACACCGGCUUACUUCCCACUUGAAAUUGCACAAAAAAGACUAUUUAUCUCAAAAAGGUUUACGUAAAAUUUUG